UUUCCAGUAAAAUUAAAAUUGGGAAUUCGAUUAGUUGUAGCGAUUAUAUAUCUUGUUGAAAAGUAGAUGUAAACUUUUCUCGAGUGUGUGUGAGUUUAUGGAUAGAGAGUGUGAGAAUCCUGCUGGUGGAUUGAGGCUAUUUAAUUCAGAUAGGCCAAUAACGCGUAGUGUAACUAGGGCAUUAGAAAAUCAAAUAGUUGGAUUCCUAUUUACGCAAAUAGAUACAGGGAUACCACAUCCGGCUGACUUCGUUCCGAUAGAUUAUUUUAACCGGUGCUCUGCACGCAUCUUCCGGUCGCUAGGUUCAGUAAACAACCCUAGUAAUUCGAACGAUCAGGUACAACAGAGCGAGGAAAGCUGUAUUAAUAGUUUUGAGCGGAAAUUAAAGAAUUUGUGGGAGAUGUCUGACGAGGAACAACGAGAUGCUUCAGGGCACGAUGACCAAGGAACGAGUGUGCGGAGAAGUGCUGCUGAGCGCCAGAAGGCUCCAGGUAGUGAACCUGCUUCCACCGCACCUAAUGUUGACCAACUGAGCCAGUUGAUGGCAAUGAUGAUGCAACAACAAGCUCUGAUGGCGACUUGCGUUAAUGAAGUCAGGAACAUGAGGAGCAACAUGUCUGAUCUCAGCAACAGAGUCACCGACAUGGAAGCAUCAGCACAAGCCCUGAGUCAUCGUUCCGCAGUAGCAUCUACGCCGGAAAAUCCAGGACACAGUAAUGAGGCAUAACACAAUCGAGCAAGGGCAAACACCACUCCGACCGUACAACAACAGAUAAGAGAAGGUGCACCAGAGUCAGAAAGAUGGAUCAGUCACCACAAGAAGGGUUUGACGAGUUUUAUGCGGAAGUCCAUGAUCUGACGUUUAGGCUGCGGAAAAAGACGUGGAAUUAAUCAAAACUCUCGCUGAGUUGAAGGCUGAAUGUAGACGCGCGGAAAAGGUCAUCAAGGAAAACCGAAACAGGGCCAAGACUGUAAACGAAUUGGCUUUUCCGAAUUGUCAGCUGUUUGAUGAGCCAGCAGAAGCAACGCAAGUCGAAGCGAUAAGCAACUCGAUGAAGAACAAAGUGCCGUACAAACAAACUACCAAUGUUGUAAAUAGACCGGAUAUUAGUCAAAACAGUGCCGCAAUUUCACGUACUAGUAGCGCUCAAUGCACCAUCAAAUCGUUUUGCCCGUCCCCAUUUCAUCUUAUGUUGUGUUUUAAAUGUGGUAUGCCCGUAGAUUUUUAUGUUAAGAACCCAAAUGAGGCCUCAAAAGACAGUUGUUGCAAGUCCUCAUUCCAUAAUAUGAUGUGUCUCGCAUGCGGCGACGAUGCAUCAUUCUGCGUUUUUAAACCUGCAACGGGAAACGGAAGGCUGGCGGGAAUCACCGGGAACUCCAGCCAGAUGCCGAAAACCCCGGAAUCAAACCCGCCAUUAAAAUACUAAAAAUAAAAGAUAAUGAAGCAUCCAAAGAGGUAUUAGGAGAUAAGCCUCAAAUAAAAAGCUUGCAUCAACGCAAAUUAGAGUAUGAAAUAGCACGUAAGAGAAUUUUUGGCAAAAAUACGCCAAAUUCAAAAACUAGAAACCUUACCAAGAUUCAAAGAAUGAGGGAAAAGGCUAAGACGCUUAGAAGAAUACGCAAUAAAAAAGUAUCGACGAUAGUCACCAUUAAGGGGGAUAACGAAGGUAGGAAGGAUAGAAGUUAUCGCACUAUUAGAUUCUGGCGCAGAAGCAUGUUGCUUAGGGAAGAACGCAGAGAAAUUUUUGCAAAAUAAUGAAAGCAAGGUAGUCCCAGUAAAAAAUUAAAGUAAAAGAACAGCGAACGGGGGAGUAACUCCAGUAACAUGAGUCAUAAGCUUGCCAGUCUUGUGGGAUGGUCUGACACGGGAACUUGAGUUUCUUAUAGAGCCAGGAUUACAACAGGAGGUAUAUUUAGGCAUAGACUUUUGGAAAGAAUUUAAUAUGGCAGUUUUCAGUAGGGGAGCAGGACCCGCUAAUACUGUCGUUUCAGAGCUCGCACCAGCUGAAGG